CACACGCACACACACACACACACACACACACUCACUCACGCACGUACUCCACCGAGUGAGCUGCUCCGGAGUGAACAGUACAGGUCUUCCGAGAGUCGGACCCAGAGAGCCUUCACUCGACACCGCGGUCAUGUUCCUGCGCUGCGGUUUCCUCUAACAGUUCGCUGGCUGUUGCUGUGUGCGGGAUGGAGAAGUGCGGUGCGGCUCGCUGUGGCAGCGCGAAUAAGCGCAGUGUGUCGGUGGAGCGCGGACGCAGAGCAGCAGCGAGCGGAGCGCAAGCGCGGCCCGGAGCUCCAAUCAGCCAGAGCUGCAGCGGGAAAACGGAGCAAAACCUCCGGCGAGGACUGGAAGGAGUCCUCAACAAAUACACCAAUCUACUGCAAGGAUGGCAACACAGGUAUUUUGUUCUGGAUCCUGAGCUUGGUCAACUGCAGUACUUUCUAAACGAACAAAGUAAGACCCAGAAACCAAGGGGCUCCUUGCCUUUGAUUGGCUCUUCUGUGGCCCCCAGUGAUGAGUUUCCAUUCAUGUUCACGGUCUAUGCUGUUAACGGAGAGCUCUUUAAGCUGAGAGCUUGUGAUGCAUAUGAGCGGCAGCAGUGGAUGACCCAGCUUCAGCUCUGUGCCCGUCGCCAUUCAGAGGGCAGUGCCAAGGGCUGCUCUUUAUCCUCGGCCUCCUCCUCCUCCACGGGCAGCCGGACCCGCAGCUGCUCCCUACUCCCUCAUCCCGCUCCAUCUUGCUCCUCCACUGCCACCCAGAGGCAAAAUCUCCCGCAUGGGCACGGGACCCCAAGCUCCAUCAUCACCAUCACUCACCACAAAUCACCCACGAGUGGGCACCGGGCCUGCAGCCACAAUCCUGCCCGUCUGCACCACGUCAAAGAGGUCAUGUCUCAGGCCGAGGGCCAGCAGAAGAACCUUCUGCACUCCAUUGAGUCUCUGCCGAGCCGUGGGCCUCUUUCCUCACUCGAUCCAGACCUGCUGCUGCUCAAGGCUACAUCUGCAGCCACACUAAGCUGUCUAGGAGAAUGCCUAAGUAUCCUUCAGCACAAUGUCACCCAGGCAGCCCGCAACAUCACCACACACACAACAGGACUGAACACAGACAGCAAUUCAGGCUGGUCAGGGCCCACAAUUGCAACAGAUGAGCCAGUGGAAAAUGGAUCAGUGAUGGGCCUUUCCACCUCCACUGCUAACAAAGCACCCCCAUCUCCAGCACACAGGAGCAAGGAAGUGCACAAAGGUUCCGAGCAGCACUCCAGUGCAAACGCAGUGGACCCCAGUGAGGAGAGCACAGACACUGAGGAAAAUGAGGAAGAGGACCUAGGAGUGUUAGAUGAACAAAGGAGUAUCAUCCUCCACCUGCUCUCCCAGCUCAAACUGGGCAUGGACCUCACACGGGUAGUACUACCUACCUUUAUCCUGGAGAAGCGCUCUCUGCUGGAGAUGUAUGCUAACUUCAUGGCCCAUCCUGAUAUGUUCCUGGCCAUCACAGCCGGAGUAACACCAGAAGAACGCAUUGUGCGGUUCGUGGAAUAUUACUUAACGGCCUUUCAUGAGGGACGCAAAGGUGCUGUGGCCAAAAAGCCCUAUAACCCCAUACUUGGAGAGAGCUUUUUGUGCAGCUGGGAUGUCCCUCGUGAAAGAGUACGGCCCCUUAGGACCAACACUUCUGUCACUGCACCUUCGGCCACGCCCCCCUGCUCGGCCAAUCCUGCUCACUGCUACCGGCUGCACUUUGUGGCUGAGCAGGUCUCACACCACCCUCCGGUCUCAGGGUUCUACUGCGAGUGCAAGGAGCGUGGGAUGUGUGUCAACGCCCAUGUCUGGACCAAGAGCAAGUUCAUGGGCAUGUCUGUGGGUGUGUCCAUGGUCGGAGAGGGUGUGCUGCACCUUUUGGAGCAUGAAGAACAGUAUGUGUUCACACUGCCCUGUGCCUACGCCCGCUCCAUCCUCACUGUGCCAUGGGUGGAGCUUGGAGGAAAAGUUUCCAUCUGCUGUGCCAAGACUGGCUACUCUGCCACCGUCACCUUUCACACCAAACCCUUCUAUGGGGGAAAAGUGCACAGGGUGACCGCUGAGGUCAAGCACAAUCCCACCAGCACCAUUGUGUGUAAGGCUCAAGGUGAGUGGAACGGUACUCUGGAGUUCACAUAUAGUAGUGGAGAAACCAAAGUGAUUGACACAUCGAAACUGCCAAUUAUUAAGAAGAAGAUCCACCCACUGGAAAAGCAGGGCCAGUAUGAGUCCCGGCGGUUGUGGCAGCACGUCACCGCAGCGCUCAAGGCCGGAGACAUCGACACAGCCACAGAGCACAAACGCCAGCUGGAGGAGAGACAACGCAGUGAGGAGAAGCAGCGAGCGGCCACCAACGCCACCUGGAAACCCAAGUACUUCAUCAAAGAGGGAGAAGGCUGGGUCUAUCACGAUCCUCUAUGGAAGACUAACUGUUGAGGCGAGAAAGUGUGUCAUGAGCUAGCUGUCCAUCACAGACCCCAGCCCACAGCUGGGCAGGGCCACACUGGGAGAGUGCUGGCCAGCCAAAGGAACCAGAGGAACCAGACUUCACAGGAGCAGGAACUAGCCUGACCAUUUCCUCUGAGUGUUAAAGGUGCCAAAAAAAUUAAUAAAUAAAUAUUCCGACUCUGAAAGCAGAGUAACCCACUGCAGCAGCUCCCCAAAGCUCCUUCCAAUUCUGAAACAGACACACUCGAGAAAAUGAUUCGUUCCAGCCUGUGACCGGAGACGUGGAGGUCAAACAGCACACAAGGGAAAUAUUCUGCAUUCUUUUCUUCCUGAAUUCAAAUUUAUUAAUCCAACCAUGCUUCCUGAAAGAUCAGCACUCCUUAAAAAAGUUUCCGCAAAUGGAACACCCUGGACACUAAUAAAUAACAAUAUCCAUGCUGAAAGUGUCAGUCCUGAUCACCCACUUCAAGUCAGAACAUGUUAAAAAAAUUCUAUUUUUAGACCCACAAAUGCUUAUUAAAGUGAAUAUACAGGCUUGCGUGAAAUCACUGAGCAUAGCAGUAAUGUCUGAUGUAAGUAGUCGUGAAAGUGACUGUAUUAGACUGUAUUAGAUCUUUGUGUAAGUAUUCUGGUUACACAGUCAGUCAUAAGAGAAGAUGAAUCUUGUAGCUCUUGAAGUAGCUGCUCAUAACAUUCCAGUAUAAGGUCUAAAUAAAUGAGAUUCCAGAUUGAAUUUACUUUAA